CCCCUCGGCAUUUGCCAGUUGCCCCCUGGCGCUCCUGCUUCUGCUGCUCCUCGCUGCUCGCCCUUUCGCAGCACAGCAGGAACAUCAUGUCACAGCAGUAUGUUGCCACAGCUAAGAAAGCGACAGCUGUCAGUAAGUCUCUGGUGUGCCAUUUCACCGGGCCGGAUGAUUUGAACUUGGUGAUCGCGAAAGGUGCACACCUCGAGAUCCGAGCUAUCACCGCGGAGGGCCUUCAGCACAGGCUCGACGUUCCGCUUUAUGGCGCGAUCGCAACCAUGGAAGCAUAUCGCCUAACGGACGACAACUGCGAGCGUAUUUUCGUCCUCACGGAGCGCUAUCAGUUUUGUGUUCUCCAGUACGAUGUAGCACGGCAGGAAAUCCGCACGAGAAGCAGCGGCUCGGUGAAGGAUCGCAUCGGUCGCGCCAUUGACAACAGCAAGAUUGGCGUCAUUGAUCCGCAGAGCCGCAUGAUUGGUCUUCACCUGUAUGAAGGUUACUUCAAGGUCAUUCCAAUGGAUACCAAGGGGCAGCUGAAGGACGCUUUCAACAUCCGGCUGGAAGAACUGGAGGUGCUAGACAUCCAAUUUCUCUCCGGAUGUCCCAAGGCUACGAUCGCAGUGCUGUACCAGGAUCAGCGCAAUGCCCGCCACAUCAAAACGUACACGAUCAGCACGCGUGACAAGGAAUUUGACACCGGACCUUGGGCGCAGUUGAACGUAGAACACAACGCCAGCGAACUCAUCCCUGUCCCCGCGCCCUUUGGCGGGGUUGUUAUUCUUGGACACCAGACAAUCUGUUACCACAGCGGGAAGGCUUUCAUCACCAUUCCGAUUCAGAACACAAGGAUGUGCGCGUACGGGUGGGUUGACGCAGAUGGAUCGCGCCUACUUGUCAGUGAUCACUCUGGAGGCCUGCACGUCGUCAUUCUCACGCCCGAUGCGACGAGUACUGCCGUGGAGACAGCUCACAUCGAGGCACUUGGGGAGACGAGUUGUGCCUCUAGCAUUUCCUACCUGGACAACGGUGUGGUGUUCAUCGGAAGUGCUUUCGGAGACAGCCAGCUAAUCAAGCUUAACCCAGAAAAGGAUGCGCAAGGCACCUACAUCCAAGUGCUGGAAACCUACGACAACCUUGGGCCCAUAUUGGACAUGUGUGUCGCAGACCUGGACCGGCAGGGACAGGGACAGGCUGUUACGUGCAGCGGCUGCAGCAAGGACGGGUCGUUACGAAUCAUUCGCAAUGGCAUCGGGAUCAACGAGCACGCUGCCAUAGAACUUGCCGGUAUCAAGGGGAUGUGGUCUCUUCGCCCGUCGAACACAAAUCACGACAAGUACCUGGUCCAAGCAUUUAUCAGCGAGACUCGUGUGUUGGCCUUUGAGGAGGAUGAAGACGGUGACCACCAGCUCGCAGAAGGAGAAAUCGCGGGGUUUCAAGAAGGCUGCUCGCUGUUCUGCGGUUGCGUCAGUGGGAACAUGGCUGUUCAAGUAACCAAGAGGGGUGUCGUCCUCAUCUGUUGUGAUGGUCUCCAAGAAAUCGACCGGUGGGACCCGCCAACCGAUCUCAACAUUACAGUGGCUUCUGGUAACGCAACAAGAGUCGUGCUUGCGCUCGGUGGUGGCAACCUGGUGCAUCUGGAGGUAGAUGCGACAGCCAAGAAGCUAGUGCAAAAGGCGCGCGUUCAGCUUGACAACGAAAUUGCGUGCAUCAGCCUCAAUCCCCCAAGCAACCAACCGGUCUCGAACGCUGACCCAGCGACAGCGGCAAUGGAGUGUGACGAGGAGAGCAAGUUGGAUUCGCUUGUGGCUGUGGGGAUGUGGACAGAUAUGACGGUGCGACUAUUGUCCCUACCGGACCUUCAGGGAGUGUCAUCCCAGCCUCUUGGAGGUGAUACUCAGGCCCGCUCUGUGAUUCUGGCUACCAUUGCUGAUGUACACUACCUUUUCGUCGGCUUGGGUGAUGGCCAUGUAGUUUCGUUCCCCCUCGAGGUGACUGCCGAGUCAACGCUGGCAUUGGGGACGCCAAAGAAGGUGGCCCUGGGAACUCAGCCAGUAGGACUUGCCUGUUUCCGCAACAACGGAAUGGUGUGUGUCUUUGUCGCCAGCGACCGCCCUGCGGUCAUCUACUGCAGCGGAGGCAAGCUCCUGUACGCCAACGUCAACAUGGGCGAGGUCAACUCCGUUUGCUCUUUCGACUCCAGUGAGCUCCCCCACUGCUUGGCAUUGGCGAGUGAAAAUAGCUUGACCAUCGGCACCAUCGAUGACAUCCAGAAGCUUCAUAUCCAGAAAGUCAGCCUUGGAGAAGCACCGCAGCGUAUAACCCACCACGAUUCGGGCCGGAUGUUUGGUAUCAUCACCACCAGCUACCGUGCGGUGGAGAACAGCGACGAGGAGGAAGAGCACAACUUCGUCAAGUUUUUGGAUGACACGAACUUCGAAGAGCUGUACUGCCAUCCCCUCGACGCAUUCGAGAAUGGAUCCUCAAUGGUGUCCUGCGUAUUCGCAAAUGACAAGAAGGAAUACUUGGUGGUGGGCACUGGGUAUGUCCGGGAAGAUGAAUUUGAGCCUGCGGUCGGGCGAUUGCUAGUCUUUAGCGUGGAAGGCCAAGGUGCGGAACGCAAAGUGGAUCUUGCGGCAGAAGUGGAAACACGGGGGGCUGUGUACGUGCUCAACGGUUUCAACGGCAAACUCCUCGCAUGCAUCAACAGCAAGGUGCAACUUUUCCGAUGGAUUGAAAAGGAUGAUGGGAUCCAGGAGCUCCAGACCGAGUGCGGGUAUCACGGGCACAUCCUGGCGCUGCACAUGCAGAGCCGGGGUGACUUCAUCAUCGUUGGAGACCUCAUGCGUUCCAUGAGUCUACUCGUCUACAAGGCAGUCGAUGGUGCUAUCGAGGGACUACCACGCAAACUGGAUGACGGCGGUCGAGAUGCUGAACGACGACGUGUACAUCGGCGGAGAAGCCGACUGCAACAUCUUCACUUUGCGAAGAAAUGCAGGCAAGUAGACGCUGCAACCGAAGAAGAAAGGGCUCGGCUGGAGAUCCAGGGCGAGUUCCAUCUCGGCGAGUUCGUGAACAAGUUUUGCCAGGGAUCUCUUCUCAUGCAGUCUUCCGAGGUAAACAGUUCAGGUGGGAUGGACAGUCCACUCGUAAAGGGACAACCGCUACUUUUUGGGACUGUCAAUGGCAUGGUGGGAACAAUCCUCACGUUGACGGAGGACAAUCACCGGUUUUUGGCUCAAUUACAAACUGCGAUGACCAAGGUCGUGAAGGGGGUCGGAGGCUUCAGUCACGAUGAAUGGCGAUCAUUCACCAACGGGCGCCGGACGUCCCCGUCUUCGAAUUUCAUCGAUGGAGAUCUGGUUGAAUCUUACCUCGACAUGCCUCGUCACAACCAAGAAGAGGUGUUGAGGCACGUCGACACGCCAGUGGGAGAUGAGCAGUGGGCCGUGGAGGAUGUAGUCGUCAGGGUCGAAGAAAUGCAGCGGUUGCACUAGGAAAAGUAGAGUUGGCACGCAUGACUUUGUUGUAUAUAUUGGGCUCAUCGCGCUUCGCCGGAUUUUACGGCGGCACGGUGGGCUGGAUCUUGUACGAUGAGGACGAGUGGUUUCGAUGUAUUCUUGUGAAAGCAUGAUGGAAGCAGACACUCCUCCCCAAUUGAUUUGCCAGCAAGCGAAAGGCAUCACACAGAGAGCAAAAACGCGACUGCAUGGAGCGAAGAGGAUUCUCCUAUCGUUCAACAUCAGGUGUCGCUGAUUGUUGCUGCCCAAAAAUUGGGUGUAACGUCGCCGAGGUCAGGACGUUACAUUGAAACGUCCUCCGCCCUCGCUAUCUCGCACGUCGUCAUUGAGUUCUGCGUGUCGCACGCGGCCGAAUCUUAGACACGGGAACAGAUACCGUAAUCGCAAGCUCUACAGCGGCCUAUUUAGGCGCCAUCUAAAUAGCCCCCGUACUACAUCGCUCGCGAGGGUGGACCGCUGACGCAAAAUCGAAACCUAAAUACCAAAAAUCUGCCACAUGCAACCGUUCUCGUUUCGACGUAACCACAGCCAACGAACCGUCUUGACCCUGCCGCUUGACUGGGCCUGACGUCUUGGUCCGCGGUCCAUGUUUCCACCAUCAAAGCACAGCUACGACUGCACGCAGACGACAAGGUGAAAGCAGGUGGCUAUCGCUAGCUGAUGAGACCGAGCACCCAAACGUCAUAUACAUGAGGUGUGAGGCUCUGGUUAACCGUCGACCCACAUUUAUUGGCUUCAUAUAUGGUGAAAUGCAUAGAUUUUUCACUUUCGGUGCUACAACACCGCGGGUCAUGGAUUCGGAGUCUACACGGUAUGCAUAGGACACAACUAAAUUUCCUAACGCACUCUCUGCUCCAAAAUGCUAAAGAACCCACACCUUUUUUUGAAUAAUAACUCGUGGAUACAAGUUGUAGCCUUACCUUCUACGAGCAUUGCACGUCUUGCUUAGUCUAGGUCCUGGGUUUGCAUUGCGUGGAAGGAAGCCUUGAAAAGUGUAGUUUGUCGGGAGAAUACCUGAAGGUCGGAAGCGUCGAGAGGCCGACAGGCUUGGAAUUUUCCUCAAGAAAUAUUGUUGGAUAUUACGCUUUGUUCAUUAAGGUAGAUAACGCUGCUUCGCAUUGUCUUGGGAAAAAUAGUUCCACUCACAGAAGGACCACCCGUUCGAGAUAUACCCGCAAUAUGUAUUCUACCGCUUGUGGUGACCACCUUCAUAAAGGUGGAAACUCCCCAACGCCUGUCGAGGACGAAACCCUCUUUUCCACAAUGGCGUCGACGAAGAGAUGUCAGCGUGUCUGCUUUUGGUUGCAAAAGACACGGGUUCAAAACUCGCUGCUCACCUAAUUUUCUUCCGGAGUACGGAAAAAAGAAAAACGGUGGGUGGGCCAAGAAACGAUGCACUGUCUAUCGAACUCGAAACUUCUCGCAAUGCGUGGCGGAAGUGGCGCACCCGCACCACGCACAGAGGAUUGUUGGAAAAAAUGUGGUUCUGCUCGCCGCCAGCCGGUCGGGUUCCGGUUACCCCAAGAAGUCUUCUCUUGCCUAGCAAACAAGAAGAAGCCUCG